AGUUUGUGUUCGGCUGUGUACAGACAGGAGUUGAGGGUCAGGCAUGGCUGGAGCCAGUACCCUUUCAGUCUACGCAGUGCGUUUGAGUCCUGGAGAAGAAAUCUUAACCUCUUUGAUAAAAUUUGUGCAGGAUAAGAAGCUAAAAGCUGCAUUUAUCAUUACUUGUGUGGGCAGCGUUACUAAGGCAACACUCAGACUGGCAAAUGCCAUUGCUACGAAUACUAAUCAGAUCAUAGAGCUGAAGGGAAAUUAUGAAAUAGUGUCACUGGUCGGGACGCUGAAUGAAGAUGCACACUUGCACAUAAACCUGGCUGACAUGGAGGGCCACACUGUCGGCGGUCAUGUCUUGGGCAACUUGGAAGUGUUCACUACAGCUGAAAUAGUCAUUGGUGAAUGCUGCAGCUUCGAAUUCACCAGAGAGAUGGAUGAUCGUACAGGCUUCCCGGAGCUGGUCAUUAGUAGUCGCACAAAACAGGCCUAGCCGUACAGCAGCAAUUUGUAUUCUGCAAAUUGUAUCCUAUUUUUGAAAAGGUGCAGUGAAUAAAUUGGGUUGGAGC